AUGAUGUCUCGAAGAGCCUUGCCCUUCAGGCUGCUGCGGAACGCGUGUGUUCGCUCUUAUCUAGACUCCGUGCCUGGCCGGAGAGCUCUUCAGACAGUCAAUUCUAAACCAUUGAUACCAGAUUUUGCCUUCGCUUUUGAUAUCGACGGUGUCCUCCUGCGUUCCUCUACUCCGAUCCCCGGUGCUGCUGACUCCCUCACCUUUCUCAAGGAGCAAGGGAUUCCUUUUAUCCUUCUCACAAACGGUGGUGGAAAGCAUGAAACAGAAAGGGUUGCAGAUAUCAGCGAGAAGCUCAAAGUACCGUUAGACGAAUCAGUGAUUGUUCAGAGCCAUACACCAUUCGCGGAACUUGUACAUGAACCAGACACGAAGCUGAAGGAUAAGUGUGUCCUUGUUGUUGGAGGUGAAAGUGGUAAUUGCCGAAAAGUAGCAGAAAGGUAUGGAUUCAAAAAUGUAGUGACUCCGGGUGAUAUCUUUGUGUCGAACCCCUCUAUCUGGCCAUAUUCAGGAGUCUUCAAGGAUUACUACCAAAAAUUCGCAAAGCCUAUUCCAAAUGCCGAUUCUUCGAAGGGACCCAAGAUUGACGCAAUCUUCGUUUAUAACGACCCUCGCGAUUGGGGCCUGGACCUCCAAGUGAUUGUCGAUGUUUUACUAUCGUCGCAAGGCAUUGUUGGCACCAAAUCCGAAAAGAAUGGCCGGAGUGAUCUUCCCAACCGCGGUUAUCAGCAAGAUGGGCAGCCGCCUCUUUACUUUUCAAACCCCGACCUAUGGUGGGCCGCCUCUUAUCAUCUACCUCGCCUAGGUCAGGGUGGAUUCCGUGAAGCUUUGGAGGGCGUUUGGGCAGCUGUAACCGGUGGCCCCAGUAAGGGAGUUGAGCUGAAGAAGACAGUGAUUGGAAAGCCAUCCCACAUCACAUACGAAUUUGCAGAGCGGCAUUUACUCCGCAAUCGGAUAAAAUUCUUCGGGGAAACUGACCAUCUUCCUCUGAGGACAGUAUAUAUGGUUGGAGACAACCCAGAGUCAGAUAUCCGUGGGGCGAACUCCUACAGAAGCUGUUAUGGUAGUCAAUGGAACUCGGUCCUUGUCCGAACAGGAGUUUACAGUGGCGGACAGCCCGCAUGGAUGCCCAAGGCAAUUGUGGACAAUGUUCAAAAGGCCGUUGAAUACGGCCUGAAGUCCUCGCAGUGGCCUGUUUCCAAGUUUUGA